CUGAAGGAAAGCAGCUCUGUCAAUGACAUGGAGUUUGGUUUCCCCGCCCAGGCAGUAAAAGAGUCUGCCUCAGUGACAGCUCAGACAAUAUGCUUGAGAAACACACAGGAGGAGUAAAUCCCCAACAGUUCUCACACACACUCGUGCUGGAGAUGGUUCACUGAGGACUCACCGCUCCUGUGUGGACACACCGAUUCCUCUGAGUGGAAGCCAAACAAAGCCGCUUAAACAUGAACAAACUUGCCAUAGCUCUGUAUGACAACACGGCAGAGUGUGCAGAUGAACUGGCUUUUAGGAAAGGUGACAUCGUCUUGGUGGUGGAUCAACACGUGGCUGGCACCAGUGGAUGGUGGAUGUGCUCUCUGUAUGGACAGCACGGCCUGGCCCCUGCGAACAGACUGCAGCUCCUUCCACAGACUGACACCAGUGCAGGCUCUGUACGCCACGCCAUGGAAAAUGCCAAGUCCGCUGGUGAUAAAGCUGAUGACUGUAUGCAAAAUAUCUACCAGAUCCCCAUUGUGCCUCGAGCCCCCAGCAGUCCAGCUUAUGAACGCAUGGACAUGAUAUACAAGGUCCCGUCCACUCCCUUAUCAUCGUCAAGAAGUCUAGUUCGUUCGAAACUGAAGCACAGCACAGAAGGACCCGAGAGAGACAAGCACUCUCCCUUUAACACUCUGCCCAGUCGAAGGGGGGAGGUUUAUGAUGUCCCGAGCCAAGCAAGACCAGCUUCUCUCUUCGCUGCAUCAACAACACCAAGACACAUGUCUCGAAAGCACUCACUGAUUCAACUUUCCGAGCUGGAGAAGAAAUUUGACGCUCCAGAGAUUUCAAGGUGCAAUAGUCCAGGAGACACUUAUGUGUAUGCAGUUCCACCGUCUUUGCCUCAGGACCCCAACUAUGACAUCCCCAUUCCCUCGGCCAAAGAAGACCAACAGAAAAUGAUUGGUGGAUGCAACACUCUUCCUAGCCCCCGCAAGCCUGAGUGGAUCUAUGAUGUGCCAGUGAGUCCAGAGAAACCAAGUAACCCCCAAGGCUCCUAUGACACCAUGCCACACAGAGGUGUUUGUAGGCAGCUCCAUGAAACUCUUCCAGCUCAUGCUUGGUCCAUUCAAAGAGGCAGUCCAACGUCUUCAGUUUAUGACAUACCAAAAUCCAGCUCUCUCGAUGUCUCCACUUCACCCAAAGCUGUGUCAGUCCUCCCAACUUACGACAAACCCCCAACUCAGACACUUACAGAGGAGUCGGUUUAUGCUGUCCCACCCAAAGAGGAACAAUUUGCCCAAGUUCAAAGUGAUCAUGUGCCCCUAGAAUACAGAGGUGACUCAAACAAUGUUUAUGAAUUCAACAAGGUACAGCAGCGGUGGAGGAACUUUGUGGCCAGUACGUCUUUCCGCAACCUUCCAGGAAGUGGAGAGUCAUUGGUACAGGAGAACAGCGAGAGAGGUCGAAUCCUGCGUCUUUCAGCAGCAGACAGUCAAAGAAUCAGCACGGCCUCCAGCUCUUCCACCAGUUCUUGCGACUCCUUGGCUCUGAGCUCGUCCUCUCCUGAGCUCUUGCGAGAGGUCACGCUCAGCCAGGAAGAGGCCUGCCGCAGACUUCUGGACCUGCAGGAGUCCAUUUGCAGGGCUGUACCCCGGCUUAUGGAGUUUGUCAGCAGUCACUGGAGGAGCAAAGAACAUCUUCAGAAACACAUGAAGGAGAUCCAAGAAGCAUCAGAAGGAAUUGCAACUUCUCUGACAUGCUUCUUAAACUUUUCCCUGGAUGUGAAGGGCAAUGCACGCCGUCUGACUGAUACCAAUCUUCAGACGAGGCUCUAUAAGCAGCUGUCAAUCAUUGAGGACUCAGGUGUGAUACUACAACAAACAGUGAGUGCUCUGAGCAUGGCUGGCUGGCCACUCAACACACUGUGCCAGGACCCAGGGCAAGUCCAGACACCUGACCAACUGGAUCGCUUUGUUAUGGUGGCGCGCACCAUUCCAGAGGAUGUCAAGCGUCUGGUUUCCAUCGUCAUUGCCAACAGCAAACUUCUGUUCAGAGCAGCACAGAAAGAUUCAGAGACUCUCAACAGCACAGGUCAACCAGAAGCGAAUGAAAGUCCUAACAGGGAAGGAGACUUAGAGGAUGACAAUGACUAUGUAGAGCUACAGACCAAGAAUGAAUUUGAACAGCAACAAAACAAAAUGCAGGGAGAUCCUAAAGAAAAGGUCACCCCAGUCUUAGAUAAGGUACAGGCAGAGAACAAGCGUCAUUCCUUGGAGUCCAGCUCUGGCUCAGAAGAGCAUCAAACACCGUCCCUGUCAGAACAUUGUCGACUUUACUUUGGUGCUCUACAGAAGGCCAUUUGCGGGUUUGUGGGAAGCCUUGAAGAGGGCCAGCCACCAGAGAAAUUCAUCUCUCAAAGUAAGCUGGUGAUCAUGGUUGGCCAGAGAUUGGUGGACACCCUGUGUAGGGAGGCUCAGCGCAGAGGGUCCAACCAGAGCCUCCUGUGUAAGAGCAAUCACCUGUGUUCUCUGCUGAAGCAGCUGGCUGUGGCCACCAAGAAGGCGGCACUGCACUUCCCAGAGAAGCAAGCGCUGCAUGAGGCGCAAGAGUUUGCAAAGGAACUGGCCCAAAGAGCGCAGCACUUUCGGAUAUCACUUGACAUCUAGCGUAUACAUAUUUUCCUUCUUCUUCUUGUUCCUUUUCCUCUUCUACUUCUCCUCAUAAGGGAUUAGAAAUAAAGAAGGAAUAUGUGACAAGAAGCAUCCAGUAAUGUUACAUUGCAGAUGCCAAAUGCUGUAAAACACUGAAGAACAGCAUUUGUUUGUACAGCAAAAGACAUUAUUUUAUCAAUCCUUUGUUUAGCUAACUAUUUGAUAACAUUUAUACUCAACUUCAGUCACCAAACAGGUCAGUGCUCUUCACCAAAUACCAUAAUGGGUGCAGGUGCGGGUUAAAGUAUGGAGCUGUGUAUAUAUUUACUAAAAUAAAACAAUACUGUAUUCAAGCAUCUUUUUAAAAUGCAAUAUAAACAAGUAUGAAAUAUAAUCAAUUUUAUAUAUUUUACAACAGUUUUAUAUUAUAUGAAUAUGGUUAUCUAUAUGGAUGUUUGUUUGUUCUUUGUUGUUACUUAAUAUAGUAAGAUCUGUACUCUCCGGGAUAAUUUGAAAUGUCUUCUUGUGAAUACGUUUGUAAAUAUUCUAGUAAAAAAAAGACAAAAAUGUGUUAUCCAUUCCCAAACAUUUCCUUAACAAAAGACAGAUAACAGCAGCUGGUGGAUUUCUACUGAGAUUUAAAUUAAAAACUGAAAAUGA